UAUAUAUAAAGGGGAGUCCAUUGUGAGUUAUGUUUAAAGACUCAUUUUUUCCAAAGAGAGUAAAUUAAGCAAAAUCAAACACAAAACCCAUCUUUCUCUCUUUUGGUGGGCAGUGUUGGUUUUGCAAAUUUAAAGUACCUCUCUCAAGAUUUCCUUCCAAGAAAGCAAAAUUUAGCAAUCUAGCCAGGGUUUAAGUAGACAUCACCAUUAUAUCUUCCUUAAGACUUCAUCUACGAUCUUUUUUAUUAAUGUAGUUUUAGUUCCUCACAUUCUCUCCCUAUAACGAUAAACCCAGCUUCUUUCUACUCUUCCUCUCUCUUCUCUUGAGAUUGAGAUUGAAGUUUUUUUUUUUUACUCUCAUGGGUUCAUUAUCAAAGACGAGAAGAAUAUUAGGAAUAGUGGGUAGUGUUCUAAAUGAAGUUAUAAGUUUUAUAGUAUUUUCAUUUCUUGAUAUUCUGGACGUACUUCUUUGUGUAAUUUACAAAGUUUUUGAUUUCUUCAUCGAAGCAGAAUGGAAACCAUGUUAUUGUUCGUCGACUAAAGAAGUCAUUACAAAUAUUAAUAGUCAUGGUAAGAUCUUAGUAUCUGAAAAAGGUGAAUCGAAGAUUGUUUCGCUAUGUUCAACUACAUUACAGCUAGAUGAUAUCUCGGAUACGCUAUAUACAAGAUCUUCAUUAGUUUCUGAUAUCUCUAAAACAACUGUUAAAGAACUGAAAAAGUUGAAGAAAGUUGAUCAUGAUCAUAAGAGAAAUACUAUAAAGUACUCUAGCAGAUCAGAAAGAAUAGUUAACAAGAAUGGUGGUUCUGUUAGAUCGACAUUCACGAUAAAUUCGACAAUUGUUGAAAUGCUUCAGGAGAAGAUUGGAGGGUCUCAAGCUCACCCUAUUCCUAGAUGGUCAGACUGUGAUUGUAAAACGUGCAAUUCUUGGUCUUCUGGCUUCUCUAAAGAAACACUAUUUGUGAAAGCUCAGGGACCCAAAGAUCAUGCAAAAGAAGAUGUGUUAUUCAUUCAUGGAUUCAUUUCAUCGUCGUCAUUUUGGACUGAAACACUAUUCCCUAACUUUUCCGACGUUACAAAAUCAUCGUACCGACUACUGGCCGUUGAUCUUCUAGGAUUCGGAAGAAGUCCUAAACCCACGGAUUCAUUAUAUACUCUACGAGAUCAUAUCGAUAUGAUUGAACGGUCCGUUAUAGAGCCUUACAAAGUCAAGUCGUUCCACAUUGUGGCUCAUUCCUUGGGAUGCAUUUUAGCCCUUGCACUUGCAGUAAAAUACCCUGGCUCUGUUAAAUCUCUCACCUUACUUGCUCCUCCAUAUUUCCCAGUGCCUAAAGGAGAAAACCCGACGCAGUAUGUUUUACGUAGGGUGGCACCACGACGUGUAUGGCCGAUGAUUGCAUUUGGAUCAUCUAUCGCUGCUUGGUACGAGCACAUUAGUCGUACUAUUUGCUUACUGAUUUGCAAGAAUCAUCGAUGCUGGGAAUUUCUCACCAAACUUAUCACCAGAAACAGGAUGAAGACAUAUUUGAUUGAAGGAUUUAUGUGUCACACACAUAAUGCAGCUUGGCAUACCUUACACAACAUCAUCUGUGGGACUGCCGGAAAACUCGAAAGCUACUUGGACGCAGUUAACAACCAGUUAAAGUGCGACGUCAACAUUUUUCAUGGGUUGGAUGAUGAGCUUUUACCUGUCGAGUGUAGCUUAGCAGUCCAAACUAGAAUUCCUCGAGCUAAUGUGAAGGUGAUAGAGAAGAAGGAUCAUAUCACAAUCGUUGUUGGAAGACAACAAUCUUUCGCUAGAGAUCUCGAGGAUAUUUGGAAGAAGACGAGUGGCUAAGAAAGCCCCAUAUACGACCUUUAAAAAUGAUCAAUCUGCCGGAUAUGUACCCAGAUACUAUAACUCUUUUCGAUUACCUUGUCUGUUUUUCAUUUCUUGUUCUUUUUUUUUUGUCUUUUUCAGUUCUUUUUUGUCCAAAGGAAAAUAUAUAGGGCAUAUAAAAAGUCCAUCGAGUAGAGAUUUGAUUAUCUUUUUCUCUCUGGUUCAUCACUUCACUUCUUCUGUAACAAAAGGAAACAACAAGUUUAUAUGGAUGAAGUGACUGUAAGGUUUUGUGAAUUACAACAUCACCUAUUACUCUUUAAAUAUCAAAUGUUUAUUAUCAUUA